AUGGAAUAUGUAAAAGUAUAUCGAGGAAUUAAGGAUAAGAAUGUCCCCAAAGAUCAACAAGAGGAAUGUGGAAACCGUAGACAUUUUUGUGGUGAAUGCUCUGCGAUGCUUUGGGCAUACGAUCCAAAAUGGCCUCAAUGGUGCUAUCCAUUCGCCUCAGCGAUUGACACCGAUCUCCCAGUAAGCAAACGCCCUGUCUGCAUCAUGCUCAAGCAUAAGGCGAAUUGGGCUCAGGUACCAAGUGAAAAAGAUGCCGACCUGUACGACGAAUAUCCGGAUGAGUCACUUGAGGAGUGGCAUAAACCAAGUUCAACAGAAAUAACUGUCAUUGACUUGGAAGUGGAGGAUGAUAAUAAUAUUAUUAUGACGGAUGCUUUUCAAAGUCAACUUUCACAACCACAACAGCCCAGCAAUUCAAUGUCAAUUACAAUCACACAAAAUGAACAAGCUGAUCAGGAAGCACAAAUAACUGCGUCACCUCGUGUUUUCCCGAAUUAUCUACCACCUAAGGCGAGCACUCCAACUCCAUCGACGCCAACAAAUAUUCCGAGUGUUGCUGAUAGUAGUAAUACCAGCACCCCUGAACAACUAAAAAAUACAACAGGAGAAAAGAGACAUGUUCAAGUAGCCCGAUCCUAUGAAAAUUUAGCAAAGAAACAUAAUUGGGUGAAUGCUAAUGGAUCAUAUUUUCCAAUUAGUGUUGAUUCAUUAUGUAGUUUCAUAAGACAUAAAGCAGAUACAAGUACCAUAAAGAGUAUAGAUUGGUAUGUCGGGGCGCUAAAAAAGUAUCAUAUCACUGAGUUAGGUAUUAAAGAUUGGGAUGAUGUUCGUAAGAAUCCAAAAGUAAGAAGUGCAUUGGCAGAAAUUGAGGAAGAAGCUUCAGCCAAAAUCAGAAAAGACAGAACCCAUGGUGAAUCAGACAUGUCAGUUGGAAACAAAGGCAAGCAAAGCAUCAUCUCUAAUGAUGCCAAUGCUUCAAGAUUAAGCCCGGUUCGCUCUGCACACAAUUAUUCGACUAUCUAUUCAUCACAUAUUGGAUCCUCAGUCCGUGGCUCUGGUUCAAAAAAUGUGCCACGGUUAGAUCCUGCGAAUCGACCUGCAGAAGCGAUCUUAGCAAUGCUGGGCGUAAUGGACUCUGCUGAUGAAGAUACAGAAAAGGUUUCUAAAUCAAAAUCUCCCAACAACGUCAUAAACAUUGAUUCGGAUGAUGAUGCCGCUAUGACAUCCAGGAGAGUCGGAUCAAGUUCAACUCUAUCCAAUUCGCAUUUAGUGUCUUUAAGAAGGCGGCGUAGAAAUUUACAAUACGCUGAACCCGAAGAUGAAGACGAAGACGAUGAAGAUUAUUUACCGCCUAAAGGAACAAAUAAUGGGGUGCCAUAUGUUCCAACAAAAAAACGAAGAAAGCGGGAUCUGGAAAUGAACAUGCCGCAUGUAGAUCCCGAUGAACCGGAGAGUUUCAAAUUUCGGUACGAUUAUGCUAUUACAAUACUGAAAUCCAAAUAUAUCGGCCAAUGUACCUUACAUCCAAAAGGUUGUUUUGAGGUGCAGCCGGACUUGCAUGUAGAAUUGAAUGAAAACAUGUUUCGACAUUGGGCGUCGUUAAUAGCUUCUGGUGAUGAUGUUUCAGAGGAGAAGUUACCUGAUUUUCAAGAGACGCCAGAAUUCCAUCAACCAAUAGUCAAAGUAAUAAAUAUAUAA